GAACUUUUUUAGCUCCGUCCGAGUAAAGUUGUGUAAUGGCGGGUAGUAUUUCUAGUGUUUCUUCUUCCGAUUCGGCUAAGUUAAGGCGUGCUGCUCUAAAUUCAGUGAAAAGUGACUCAGAAAACGCUUUAUCGAUUCCGAUGGGUGGCGCUUCUUCAAUUCUUUCGCCGAGUCGCCGUUCUCGUCGUAGUGAUUCGCGUGGUCGUAGCCGCUCUCGUGAUGGCCGCUCACGUGGUCGUAAGCGUUCUCGCUCCUAUUCGCGUUCCAGAUCUCACUCCAACUCUAGAAGUGUCUCGUCUAGUUCUCGUUCACCUUCUUCCGAGAAAUCUCGCAAGGAUGGCGACGAUUCGAGCGGAUCUGCGGGUGUAGCCAAUGUGUCUAUGGUUCCUCGUUCACGUGUUCGUGAGAUUCGCAAAUGGAUGAAGGAGGGCAUCGAGUCCAAGGAGGCUACUACUCUGCGUGCUUCUUACAAGCCAGCUUUUGAAGGAGAUUUUGAGUUGAUGGCUCCCAAUUUAGAUCAGUCCAUGGUGCGUAAAUGGCUUCGUUUGGUCAACAACGACCCUAAUUCGUCCUCAAUUAAGUUGAAAGACUUUUGGGAGAAGCAGCUUCUUGGACUGCAAAGAGAAGUGAAAGACGCGUUGGAGCCUCUCAUUUUCAUGCUCAAUUCGAUGCCGAGUGGCUGUGACGCUGAGUUACCGAUGACGACGGCUAUUCGUAUGGUGUGCCACGUGUUUUCUCAUCUCUCCAAGAUGCGUCGGUCGAAUGCUAUGCGCCAUGUUGCCCCCAAGUAUUCCACUAUGCUGAUUGAUCCACUUCUUUUCUAUACACGCGAUCAUCGUAAUCUCUUUGGCGAGAAAUUUAUUAAUGCCUUGGAAAAAGAGGCUGCUGCUGAUGUCAAGUUGGACAAAAUUGGACGCGCUGGCGGUCAGAAUUUUAGCCAUGGAGGCCAUAACAAUUUCCAAAAUCGCAGAGGCGACGGUCGUUCAGGCGGUGGCGCCAAUUUCAAGUCUGGUGGCGGCGGUUACAACUGGAACUGGAACAAGCAGCAGUAUUCCGGCAAAGGGAAGCAGUACAGCAAUCAGCAGUCUGGAUCCUACAAUAACAAGAAACGUCCGUUCCAGAAGAAUGGCAACAAUUAACAAGCAAUUCACUCCCCAUUGAUCAACACAGAUAAAAAUUUUUCUCAUUUUCAUAUCAUGUUUUUCAUUAUGUUUGUGUUCGCGAUAAUCAGAGCAAAAAGUUCUGAAGAGAAAGGGGACUGGCUAUAGCCGGCUAGGAGGCGGCGGCGUUGCCAGUUUGUGUUUUGUUUGUAUCUUUGGAGGAGCUAAAAUAAAGAGUUCAACACCGUUAA